ACAGCCGCUCGCUGUGCUGGGCAGUUGCAUUUGCCUUCUGUGGCAAUCUGCCUGUCCCGCUGCAAUGCCUUUUGCCUACCUGUGAGAUUUCUCAGCUGAGUAAACAUAGCUGGGAGGCAGGGUUUGCAGGCAUUUCAAACAGCCCUGUGAAUGGUACACAGCCACAUGCAGCCCGGCGGAGGCGCUGGGGAAAUGGAGCUGGGAUUUUCAGUCCCAACUGAGUUAGGCGCUCAGAUACCUUGGUGAUGGGCAUGGCCUAAGAGCCGGAGCAGAACAGACUAGUUUGGUUUCUAAGGGGACUCAGAGUUCACAGGUCUAAUGAGCAGGGAAACGUAGAACAGAGCUGGCAGCCUUUCAGGUUUUACUGAAGUGAAUGUAGUGUUGGUGAAAGGUGCUAUUGUGACAGCCUUGGAGACCGAAGCCUGCUGUGUUAUUACCACAGUACAGGCAAAGCCUGGGCAAUAGGCAAUCGCAGGGCAAGGUCCCCACCCCAUGGCUUAGUGCGCCCCACUGACGCUGACCUGGAGAAUAGCCUUAAGGGAGGGCUGGGAAGUGAGUCUCUGUGGUUCACUCAGAACAUGGCUUCCUUCCAGAGACUGCCAAGCAGGGGGCAGCUAGUGCCAGUUGUGCUGCAGGGUUCGGGUAGGGACCCCUCUCCCAUGAGGAGUUGGGAGUGGAGACCGCUCACGCCUUUCACAGGGCUGGCUGUUCACCUAAACCAGGUGAGGCUCCUCCUCAAACCAGUGGCGUCCAAAGCCAGGGGCUGCGUGUGAAACUAUUUGCUUAGUCACUAGAAUGAGGCUUUUUCACCGAGCUUGGGGCCAGAUUUCCAAGUGCUCAGUGGGCGGGGGCUGGAGAGGUAGGAAAUGAGGGAAGUGCUUUGCUGGGUGCCAAGUUCUUUGGAAAAUUUGUUCCCAGCACAGCAGCACCUGUCUGGGAGGGAUUACCCCUCUCCCCCCACCCCCAACCCCCUGCUUUCGCAGGGACAGUUGAAAUCACCUGAAUCUGAAUUUCACCACUGGCUCCUGGAUCUUUAUACUGGGAGGCCAAAUACCCCCUAACUUAGGGGUUUUCAAAAUCUGGAGCUAAACUUUGUGAGUUGAGCCCAUUUCCAGUGUCUCUUAUGUUACAGCCAGGAACAUGCUCCUUUGGUCUGGAGGGACCAAUGGGGCAAUACUAGGGAAUCCAGCAUGGUUGCUUUCCAGCCCACUUUCUGUCUGCUCCCCUCAGCUGCACAACUUUGCAGAGAGACUAGGAAAACAGGGCUUGUUUGUCCUGUACAAACAAAGCCAGGAAGAGGAAGUUGCAGCACGUCUGGAAGGUUGCAAAGAAGGCGAGUCACAACAAGAUGUUGGUGAGAGUAUGGGUCCCGGGGCAGGGAUGGCUAAACCGAAGCUAGGCAGUGGUGGAGGAUAGGAGUAGAACUGGGCAGAGAAAGAGAAUUGCACGUGGCAGAGGAUUUGAUAGUUCAAAAUUUGGGUUUUGUUCUGAAUAGGAAUGAAAACAUUGAAAUUCUCCCCAAAAGGGCCUGGAACCCUGGCUCCCCUCGAGGCCACAGACCUUGGAAGCCCUGGGGUCCCUGGCUUUGAAUAGAUCUUGAUAGUGGCCUGCCCUGGUGCCCUGGAGUCUCUGACUCUCAGACAGAUUGCCUGGUGGGCUGUCCCUGAAAGCCUGGAGUCCCCAGCAGCUCUCCAGGUGGGCUGACAUGGAGCUGGGUGGGUGAGCUGGCAGGAUGCUUGGGGUCCCAUCCGAACUUUGUCAAAAUCAAAUUGUCUCCGCAAAGACGAUUCAGUUUUGCUGAAUCAGCAAAUUCUGAUGGCUACAAUGUUUCACUGGAAUUGGUUGGACCAGCUCUAGUUAGGAGUACUCGGCGCUGGGGGCUAACUGGGCUAAAUGCACUGAUACCCAAGGCGGCAGUACCAACUUGGCCAAGGAGCAAUUCCCUGUAGGAUACAGACACUGCCAUGCAUGCUUAAAUGGACUAGGCUGAGCCACACUGCCUCCUUCUGUCCCAGUCAUUAGUAUUAUUUAUAUUAUUGUCGUCCCUAGGAGGUGCAGUCAUGGCCCGGGAGGACUACACCGUGCUAGGUGCUGUCCAUCACUCUGUCAUGCUGCUGCUUCUUGGGGAGAAGUACAAGCCACUGUCUGGCCUGGCUUAGUAGUGUUCUAAGUUGAGGAAACACUUUCUAAAUCAGCACUUGUUCCUUUAAUUCUCUCUUUGGCUUAUUGUUCCCUUUGGCCGUGCCCUGCAACACAGCAGGAAGGGUGUGAUAUACACAGUUACUUUGGGUAGGCACAGCACUACUAAUUUAGACUAGUCAUGUCCUCAGCCGAUGAUGCUACAGAUGAAAACCAAAGCAAGUUAUCCUGGGUAGGUUUAUGACCAUUCAGUUCCUGGUUUAACCCCCCUAUUCCUACCAAGAGCACUGUCCAUGCCAUCUUUCCAUCCCCUGGGCACUUUUGGAGGUUGUCCGAUAGGCUGAGGCUAAAUUGCACCCUGGCUAUAGAGAUUCUGCUGGCAUCUGCCACUCUGAAUGUGCCUACCUAUUGGGGGGAACGCCAUGGAGCUUGCAGUGACACCUGGCACUCUGAGUCUGGGGGUGGGAAAGGACCUUUCAGGCCAAUGUGUUGCUCUUCAGUGACCUGAGCCAUGAGUUUAAGACCUCUCCCUGUGCAAUUAGGCUGUAUUUGCAUUUAUAAUGCAUCUCAAAGAUAGGCCUGUGACAAGAAUUAAGGACUGGGCAAUAAGAGUUUAAUGCCUGGCUCUGCCAUGAACUCUGUGUGACCUUGGGCGAAUCAUUUUCCUCUUUGGGCCUCAGUUUCCCCAUCUGUGGAAUGGGGAGAAUAAUACUUUCCUAAUCCACACGGCGGUUGUGAGGCUUAAUUCAUCAAAGGUUGCAAAGUGAUCCCCGGAUGGAGGAUGCUAGAGAAGCCACAGCAAUAUUAUUACUGCAGGUGAGAGGUGCUUGUGAAAGAGUCAGAUGCAGGGUUGGCUUUUGCAGGCAGGGAUGGAGGGGAAUUCAGUGUCAGUGCAGAGAGGGUGUAUGUCUAAGAUGAGGCAGGACAGCAGAAGAGGGGGGUCCAGAUGACUUCCAGGAGAACCCCAACCAAAGCCUACAUGUGGAUUUCUUCCACCACUCGCUGAAGCCUGGAAUGCCAGGAAUGUACUGCAUGGCAUUCAAGAUAUGAUCUGAAAAGACAGAGAGAGAAACGAACCCACUGGAAUCACAGAGCUGACAGUGGGCAGCCGCAGCCGCACCGGCCUGGGAGACGGGCCCAGCCCCACCCCCCGCCUCGCAGAUGCCCAGCAGCCAUCAAAAGAUGCAUUGUGCAUUGAGAGUCUGAGUCCCAGUGCCAGUGGGGACGGAGCGCCAUUGCAGGGCUGGGUAGCACCGGACUCACCCCAAGGCCGUGAGAAGGGACGACCUGCCGGCCUCGGGCCUGGGUGGGAUGGUGGACACAUGGGCUGCUGCUUUGGUGCCCCUUUGCAAAGGGAUCUUUCAUUAUGGUGCACAGGUGAAGAGCCGGAUUCCUGUUCUCCCACCCCAGCCAUACUUCUGCCCACUUGGUCCAGUCUGCAGAACUACACAGCUGAGCCUCAAGAAAAAUGUUUCCCGGAGGAGACCAUGGCAUCAGGUAACCCCAGGCAGCUGGGUCCAGGCGAUCAGCCUGCACAGGUAGCAGAGAGCCCUCUGGAGACCGAGUCCGUGUCAUUGGCUGUAGGGGAAGGAUUUCCAACUGCCGUGUUUCAUUUUAAAGAGAUUGCGCUCGUGUUCUCUGUUGAGAGUCGCGCUUCUCAGUGUGUCAACUCCCAGCUGCAGGAGGCAGCAAGGAAGAAGCUGUGGGCCCUGGAAAAUGAUGACAAGGAUGUCUGUGAUCUUUUCAAGGAGCUGUCAGCCAGGCUGGUCUGUAUCCGGGCCCAGAAGGAUCAGUUCCUCCUCACCUUCAAGACCAUAGAAGAAAUCUGGAAGUUUUCCACAUAUUUGGCUUUAGGCUAUGUGGCUUGCUGUUUGGAGCAUCUUCUCUUUGACCAUGGGUACUGGCUGAACUGUUCUUUGGUGGAGGAUACUGAGAUCAGAAUUACUGUAGAUGAAGAUCACUUGGCCACCAUGUACCUGGGUCUGCUACUCCAGGAAGGUCACUUCUUUUCCAGAGCAGUGCUCAAUGUGCUUCAACCCAUGGAGCGGGGAGAGGAAAGCUUAAAGCUCCAUGAGAACGAGCUAGUCCACGUGAAGGACAUUGGGAAAGAAUCGAAAUGGGAAGGGAUGUCCUUAUCGACAGGUCAGCGAGGCCUGGUGGCUGUGACAGCCGUAGAGCCACUGUCCCACCCAUUUUACCAGUGGUUUCUGAAGAACAAUCCAAUGAACUGCGGCAUCUCCAAGGAGAUCAGCGGGUCAACCUCUCAGCCAAUUGGCAAGGGGCGGUGCACGGCCACAGAGGAUCACAGAGGGAGAGGAUGGGAUGAACUGAGUUUCUCCAAGGGAGACAGCAUAGAGGUUGUUGGUUUUCUUAUACCAGGACUGCAGUGGUUUGUGGGGAAAUCCACAAGCAGUGGGACCAUUGGCUUUGUCCAGAGCAAACACAUAGCGGCAGAGACUUGUGAACCUCUGGGAAAGUGUUCAGUGUUUCUAAGUGAAGAAGAGAAAUCCUCCCUUCUCCUCCUCCUGGGCAAUGGCAGCGAGCAGCACUACGCCGGCCUUCUCGAGGACCUGGCCCGCACAGACAUCACCUCUGUGUACAGGCUUGCUGGUUUCGAACCCACAGCCACAUGCCCAGGAGGGCCAUCUGAGGCUGCUCUCCAGGGGUGUAAGGAUGUCCAGCUGUUCAAGACCUUUGGGGAAGCUGCUGCAAACGGCCUGUCCACACCUAGUGACUCAGAGCAGUCUAGCCCGGAGGGCGAAGCACCCCCUACUGCCCUGGAAGAAUUUCUUCUGCGGGAGCCAGAUGACCUCGAUGACCCCAAGUUCUUUAUUGACCUGAACGCUGGGCACAUGGAGGACUCUGAAGUCUUUGACCCCAUACUGACCUUCCUUAACCAAGGGUGCUAUGUGGCCCCUUUCCAAAGCUUCUAUGACCUCUCCUUUUCCUUCCUCCGCUCCACUUUUUAUGGCUUCUCCGAUGAGGACAAACUGGUCUUGUACCUUGAAACCUCCAGAAACUGUGCCAAGAGGACUCACCUAGGCUGGGCUCAUACCAGGCUCUGUUUCCUUCUGGGCAGAAUGUGCAUCAAGAGGGUAAAGUUCUCCCAGGCCCGGGUUUAUUUUGAAGAAGCCAUGAGUGUCAUGGACAAGGGGUUUGAUGAUCUGCCCCUACUGGCUGCACUGUAUGUGAACCUUGCCGCCAUCUACUUGAAGCAGAAGAUGAGGCACAAGUUCUCCUCCAUGCUGGGGAAAGCGGUGGCCCUGCUGACCUGCUUGCCUGGACACCUCUUCAGCUCCGAGAACGAGUUGGAGGUUGUGAAGUACGUCCUGAGGGAAGCCAUCGUCGUGGGCAAUACCCCCUUGGAGGCCCGGGCCUGCUUUCUUGUUGUCAAGCUUUUCCUGCAGUUGGGCAAAUAUGACGAGGUCCUGCCCUUUGUGGAGCGCCUUCAGUUCCUCUCUACCUGCUUCUCCAGCCAGGACUCCAGUGCCACAUGCUUGGACGCCACCCCUAUCCUGAGCUACCUCUAUGACAAGAAGUACUUGCCGUACAUCACGUUGGCUUCCACCAGGCUGUUUGUUCCCAGUGGCAUAAAGGGGGCACCGACACCCAUAUGGAGAACUGGCUUAGUCCUCCAAAAUAUCUCCAAGCUCUUGGGAAGCCAGUUGGGCAGGAGCAGCAUCCCAGCAAUUGCUUGCCUAUAUCUCAGGCAUGCACUGAACUUCUCCCAUGAGAGUGGAGCUGUGUCCAUGCAGAAGACCUUGUGUUCUGUCUUGUCCAAAAUGUACCUCCAGCAUGGCAUGUUAGAUGGAGCACUUUAUUACUCGGCCAGAGCUGUAGCCCUUGGCAGACUGAUGAGUGAGGAAGAGGCCUUCGAAUCUUCCCUCUGCUUGGGGUGGAUGUAUGUUCUGGCCAGCCAGCCGGCUAAGUCUAGGGAGAUCAUGUUGCGGCUCCUGCAUUCUCUGCGCGAGACAGACAGUGUUACUCAGGAUGGGGCAGUUCACAACCUCCUGGCCAUCGCCCUCAAAGAAGAAGGACAGGUGAAGAAGGCAGCAGAGAAUUACCUAUGGGCCUUAAACAAAGCCAAGGAGACUGGCAACAGGCGGAACCAGGCUAUUGCCCUGGCCAACCUUGGACACCUGACUCUCUCGUGCAGGGCGACCCAGCUGGCAGAGAGCUACUUCCUCCAGUCUGUUCGACUGUACAUUGAACUCCAGGGUGGGGAAGAUGCAGAGAUAGAGCUGGUGCAGGUCCUGCUGUGGCUGGCACAGGCCAUGGUGAGCAGGCACAGGAUAGAAGACAGCAAACUCUGUUAUGAGCUGGCACUGGUGUUUGCCCUGAAGUCACACAAUGUGAAGAGUCAGCUUCAUAUCACUGAGUCCCUCUGCCAUUUCUACAGCAAAGUAUCCCCAAAUCUUGGGGCCUGCAUUACCUACCAUGAGCACUGGGUAUCCCUGGCACAGCAGCUUCGGGACAGAGAGAUAGAAGGGAAAGUCCUGCAGACCCUCAGCCGGCUCUACCAGACUCUAGACAUACCCAAGUCCCUGAGAUGGUCUCUGGACUGCACCAAACAGAGCUUAAGGAUCUUCAUUGACCUGGGGGAGACAGCCAAAGCGGCUCAGGCCUGGCUGCAGGCUGGGAGGCUCUAUUAUCUCCUGCAAGAGGAUGAGCUGGUGGAAAUGUACUUCCAGGCAGCCAUACAGACUGCUCUGAAACCAGGGGAGUUGUUCUUGGCCAUGGACCUGUAUGAAGAGGCUGGGGAUAUCUUUUUCAAUGGCAACCGAAACAGGCACCAAGCAGUGGAAUAUUACAGGGGAGGUGCUGUGCCUUUGGCCAGGAAACUGAAGGCCACCAGGACAGAGCUGCGGCUGUUGAAUAAGCUGGCAGAGCUGCACAUUGGGCUGCAGGGCUACGAGAAGGCCCUAGAAUUUGCCACGCUGGCAGCCAGGCUCAGCAGCAGCAUAGGAGAUCAGUUGCAAGAGCUGGUUGCAUUUCACCGCCUGGCUACGGUGUACUAUUUCCUGCAGAUGUAUGAGAUGGCAGAGGACUGCUAUCUGAAGACACUUGCCCUGUGCUCUCCAGUGCUGCAGUGUGCGGAAGAGGCCAUGUACUAUUCCAAGGUUUACUGCCGCCUUGGCAACCUGACCCUGCACAAACUGAAGGAUGAACACGAUGCCGCUGCCUAUUUCCUGUUGGCCCUGGCUGCUGCCACUGAACUGGGAGACCAGAAGCUCCAAGGCACCAUUCAUGCCAAGCUGGCUCUCCUAUACAAUGCUCCCCUGUGGCACAAGGGCCCGGACUGGUGUGCUACAUAUCGGACCAGGUGGCUGAGCGAAGGAGGACAUGUUGUCUGAGAAGCCACCUCAUGGGACCCACAUGCUCCAACACAGGAAACAGCCAAACCAAGUUAUCUUCUUACCUCAUUGCUGAAGGGCGGCCAUGUGCCUUCAGAGCAACAGCAAACGGCACACAUAUAGUCCUGCGCCCUGGCCUGUUCCUGAACCAGGUUAUCCUCGCACAUCAAACAGUCAGACGGAAAGACCAGCUGUUUGGGACGAGACACCUUCCGCUGAGCUUACUUGCAGGCUUUGCUCUUGGGUCACCUGGAAACCGGACGAAAUCAUCAUCCCAGCCUGGUCAGUUGGCAUUAACAGCAAAGCACAUAAGUAGGAGACACCACCACCACCGUACCGUUUAUACCCGCUUCCAAACCAGACUCACUGCCUGGGUAGAGCACAUGCAGUAUACGUGGGUGUAAGUGGCAACUCAGUUAUCAGCCUGAGCUAAGAUGGAACCAAAGGCCAGUGUUUGGGAAUGCACGUGAUGGAGGUUAUGGAAGUGGCCACUAGAUGGCACUCCAAGAACGCAGCUGAUCUGAAGGGACGAGUGCUGAAACUGAUCCCAGUGGUGGGAAAAUGUUGUGUAUGGUCAUCAGUCUGAUGCUCAUUCAUCUCAGAGAAUACGCCCUUCCCACCUGCAGCCCUACAGACUUGGGUUGAGCAAAUGGCCUUUGGGGCCAUCGGUGGGAACUUUGGCUCUAAUUCCAGGGGUAUUUUAACGUGUCUGAUAGCAAUUGCAUUAUUUAUUUCUGUAUUUUCUGUUCAAUCUGUCUCCUGAGAGGGGACAGAUGAGCUACAUAGAUGUCACAAGCACACAGGAUCCAUUAUAAGGCAUCCCUCCUACAAAGCGCCACCAACUCCUUCUAGUGAGAGGAAGGCAAGAUGUAUGUUCCGACAGCUAGUCCAGCCCCUAUCUGGGGACAGUAAAUAGAUGGCAUUUUCCCAUGCAGGAGGGAGGAACUGUCCUCCCAAAAGCCACAGGCAAAGGGUAGGACAGGAUUCUAGCUUUGCAGCAUGAAUGGGAAGAGGGAGGAGCCCAUGCGUCGGCCUUCUCCCUGCACAGGUGAGGAGAUUGCUAAGCUGCAGCCCUUGCUGUCACUUUGUGCAAAGCUGCAACAUGCACCCCCAGUCAUACCACAGCAGGUGCACAGGGAUGAUGAGCCAGGGCCAUCCCCUCAGCCACAUUGGCCUUGCCUCCUAGGGGCUGUGCUGCACCGAUAUGUAAGAUGGAAACCCAGACUAGCUCCCAAGAGACUACACUAGGUCUGUCUUAAUAUUGGUGCCUACUGGGAAGAGGGGGUGGAAGAGGCUCUUCUCUCUGCCCAGCUCUUUCUCCCUGUCCUCAGCCCCUGUGCACAGGGACAGUCAGAUUUUGGCCUGGAUGUUGCAGAAAAGUAACCAACGUCGCAUUGCACAAGGAGCAGCAGCAGUAACUGUUGCCUGCAGUAACAGUUAGCCCCUCGGUAUUUUGUUAGGUCAGUAGGACAGGGCACACUGUGAUGCUUUGAGCUGCACUGGGUGCUGGAGAUGUAGAAAGACACUUUAGAGAGCGGCAAUGGAACAAGCAGGUAGGCAAGUGCCAAGUACGCACAGUGCUACUGAACACCUAGCACCUGGCAAUACAGUAACUCUUCGCUUAACGUUGUAGUUAUGUUCCUGAAAAAUGCGACUUUAAGCGAAACAAUGUUAAGCGAAUCCAAUUUCCCCAUAAGAAUUAAUGUAAAGGAGGGAGGAGAGGGUUAGGUUCCAGGGAAAUUUU